AUGUUUCAAAUAACUUUAUAUGUUUUCACGCUGUUAACGCUAUGUCAUGCGGAUGUUUUACGGACAGUGAUAUGCAAAAAUCAAUGUAACGAUUAUCUGCAUGUACCAGAGUCAUCAAUGCCACUAUGCUCUGACAUUCAUUUGAAAAUGAAUGAAUGUGGAACAGUUAUAACAUGUGGCUGGGCAGAAGCUGAGCGAGAUAAAGUUCGCCCUGUUGCAAAUACGACAGAUAUUGUGUGUUGCUAUCGAACAGUCAUUAAAGAGAAAGGUGAUUGUGAUGUUCAUACACCGGAAGUUAAGCCAAUUGAAGUUCAAAUGGCGAGCCAUGCUUGUGUAGAGAAUUGGUUACCAUGGCUGAUUGCUUCAAUACUUCUGAUGAUUGUGGUUGUUCAGUCCGCAGUCAUUAUCUGGACGUGCAUUCAAAGACCAGGAAAUCAGAAAGUUCAACAAGCUCCAAUGAUUGAAGUACAGUGCUCUAGAAGGCCGAUAUACAUGGCUAGGCCAUUGAUAGAUGCUUCAAUGGUUGCCUAG